AUGGACUACAUGGAACGAAAUCAUCUCACGCCAAGCAAACCAGUCCCGGGUCAGCUGAUCCGACUGAGAGAGUUGGCCGAUCCCACCUGGUGGCGCAGCCUAACUCUGCCUCGCAACUCGGAUGCCCGACUCCUCAGCAGACAGGACGGCUUCCGAGUUGACGAGCUGCAAAGAACCAGCGGUUCCGACAGUCUGGGACAAUCUGGAGAGCCGAUGCGGAUCGGCUCGAUGCCCAGCGACGGAGGACAUGUGAUACAGAUGGCUCCGAGUGCAAUGAGUCAGUCCAUCUCGUCCAUCUCGGCACAACCGGCUCAGUCGCCAGUCUACCAUCACCCAUUGACGGCAAAUCCCUCUCUUCCCGCGCCACACGCCUACUCCAGCCACCCACAAUUGAAGACGACUCCCAGUCUCGGAGGCGCCCACUCUCAGACGACCGCAUACUCGGUCGCAGCUGGCUGCAGUCCGAAUCACACAAACGGAGCCGGACAAACCAGGCAGCCCAGUUGCUCAGGUGAGCAAUCCUCCGUCGAGGUGACCCCCGCGUACAUGACCUCCGUAAACCGAUUGUCCCGGCAACUGAUGAACACCAACAUGACGCCACCGGAUGCUGCGCUAGUCGUAGCAACCGCGUCAACUGGUGCAUCUGCAUCUUCCACCAGUCGACCGGACGUGUGGAGUCGACAAGCCGAGUCUUGGCAGACUGGACAUGCCGUCCGGUCGACGAGCAAACGGACGGCCAGUUCCACGACGCAAGGACGAUCAAGACGGUUCCAUUUGAGAGGAACCGGUCGCUGUGGCGACGGAGGCGUCGACGAGAUCACGACACCCGGUCACGUGAGACGUCAAAUGUCGUUGGAUCAUUCGGCCUUCUCCAGCGAGAUCAGUUCCGAGAUGCGACAAUCGCCUUCACUUGCCUACGAGGUGCCACAUUCGGGCCCGCACAGCUCCGAGAUCGGCGCAUCUGUCGACUGCAACAGCCCCAUCGGAAUCGGACCAAAUCGAGUCUGCUCAAAGUCUGUAUCAAGAGGUUCACCGGGCUCCGACGAACGUCUCGACAUUCACCGGUUGCUCCUGCCCGAGGCGCCUGGUGCCGAGGAUCGACAACGGUCGGAAUACAGUCCACCACAGACGGGAGCACGAGGUUCGGCAACCUCGAGUCCCAGGCACAGACGACUUGUUCGUCUGCACUCAGGCCAACAACAGGCUACCAUGACAACUAGCCACGGCGGAGAAGAGAGGAUUCGACAGUACUACUCAGGCAAACCCCUUGAAAGCACGGAUCGCACCGUUUUUGGUGACUUCACUUCUAGCCGUCCGUAA